AUGGACGUCUUCAACCCCAAGAUCCUCGAUGCCAGCAUUCGGGACGUCGCCUCGUAUCUCUCCGACAACCAGAAAGUCGACCUGCUGCUCUACGCUAUGCGCUGUCUGCACAUCGAGGGCCGGUCUCGAACGGUCAUCGAGAACGCGAUCCAAUCUUGUCUGCAGGUCUCCACCCUCAGUCCAGAAAACAUUGCAAAGGCGAGAAUCCUCAGAGCGAGGGCUAGGCUGGCGGGUGGCUCCCCCUUGGGUGCUCAGGAAGAUCUCCACGCCGCCCUCGCAGCAGAGCCUGACAACCCCGAAGCAAAGGCGCUGCUCCAUCAGCGAUCCGUUACCGUAGAGAAGCUCCUGUCCCCACUCCCUCAGCAGAACCUCAAAGAACGCAUAUCCACCGAAAUCUGGCGCGAAAUCGCGCUCUAUCUCCCCCGGCGCGACCUCAAGGCGCUUCUCUUCGUCCCACACUGCCUCUCGCGCAUCGCGUCCCAGCUGCUCUUCUGGGAGCUCGACCUCCACUUCUGCUCCUCCGUCGACGGCGACGACCCCCACUACCCCGACUCCUACUCACCCGACCAGCGCGUGCUCUCGUCGGCGACGCAGCUGCACCACCGCGAUGAGGAUGCGAGGCAUGCACAGCGCAGCGCGGAUAUCCUGACUAGGAUGAUUGUUGACCCUUCGUUCGCGAGUGCGGUGCGGACCCUCCGGAUAUAUGCGUCGAGACGCGACAAGGACGGCUCGAUGGCCUUCCAGACGAGUAUGCUGAUGAACGCGCUUCCGAAGUUGAUAAACUUGCGCAACGUGCACUUGUCAUCGACGAGCGAAGGGAUCGUCCCCGUCCUUCGCAUCCUGCAAACGACGAGCCCGCGUCUGCGCGGGCUUUCACUCCAAUCCCCCGAAGGCCCCGCCGACCUCUCCUUCCUCGACUUCCGUCACCUCACCCACUUCGCCUACUCCGCGGGCACAAUCUCCUCCCCCCCAUCCACCAUCCACACCCUCAUCUCGCAAAACCGGUCCACCCUCCGAACGCUCUCCCUCGAGUCCCCGCACCCAUCCCCGCACUGGACCUUCCCCACGCCCUCCCUCAGCAUCCGCAACCUCACCACCAUCCACUUCACGGGGCACUUCCCCCCGAGCUCGCAUGCGUUUGCGGACAUACUGGAGAACGGGCGGCAGCUGGAGGUGUUUGAUGUUAGCUGCUGUGCGCUGGAGGGGUGUAGUGCGAGCAGCCAGUUUAGGAGUGUGAUGACGCACCAGGGGUGGCAGGCGCAUGCCUUGCCUUUUCUUAGGCAUUUUGCGUUCUCCGUGCACGCCAUUGGGCGGCGCACGGUGGACCGCGAUUUGUUCCCCGCUAUCGCGGAGUUCUUGAGGGGCAGGCGGUACUUAAGGAGCUUGCAGCUAGUGGUGUAUGAUGAGGCCGUCCAGCAGGCCGUCGGGUUCGAUGCGGCGAUCUGGGGCGUCCUGCCGUCGUUAGAGGGCUUGAGGGGAUUGACGAUAACGUACCCCGCGGAUUUGGCGCCUGGGCUGGCGUCGUGGUUGAUCCCGAGGACGGUCCUGGCGUUGCGGUUGACGAUUGAUUAUAAUAACCCGAAUGCGAGGGAUCCGAUUCCGUUCUUGAAGCAACUCCGCCACGGCAUCCCCCCAACUCUGCGGUUCAUCGGCCUCUCCGAGAUCAACGUCCGCAGCGCCUCCGCCGUGUUCGAGCACGGUUUUCCGAUGGUACGCGUCGUGCGUAUAGGGAACAACUACUGGACGGCGGCGCGGAAACCCGACCCGGCGUCGGCGUGUCUCUCCUCUUCCUUGUCUGCCUCUCUCUCGCUGUCUUCCACCACCUCAUCAUCUUCUACCCCCCUACCCUCCUCCCGCGCUGGAGCCGAGGGAAGACACAGCAACCCCUCCUCGUCGACGUCCUCGCCCAACAUGGGCAUCGCCGGCCAUAGCCACGCACAUAACCACGGUGGGCACGGUGGGCACGCCGUCCACGCCGGGCAUACCCACAGCGGUGCGCACACGCACGCGGGACCCUCCGCACAUGGUAUAGGCGUUGGCGGUAUGGGUGGGCUAGGAGGAGGCGUGGGCGUAGGAGGCCAGGUGAUAGAGAUGGAACAGUGGCCGAAGAGGAGGGCGCUGUACCAUACGACGGAGUGGUUGGAGUGGUUGGGAUGUGAGGAUGCGAUGGUUAGGGACCCGUCGGCUUUUAGCUAG